CGUCGUUCGUCGUAACCUGAAGCAGCCACAGUUUCAACUUGAACGCAUGUUUUGAGUAAGUUGUUAUCUUCUCGUGGCUAAUAUAUUGUAGUCGCCGCGGUUUUAAAAUCUCGAAAAGCGCGCGUUAGCCUCAAUUAUUAAGCUAACGGCUAAUAAAGCCGAAGGCGAGUAACCAAAACAAGGAGGUAGCCCGCUGUUGUUGGGUUUAAAUACGAGGUGCCGUGACCCGUGCGAAAAGCCUCUCUGCUAAUAUGUCAGCCGUGCAAAACGAGUCGAGGAAACGGAGCAAGAAGCGGUACGGGGGUGGCCACCACAACAAGCGGUGGAAGGGCUCUCGAGAGCUGGAGGUGGGUAUGGAGGGGAUCCUCAUCACAUGCAACAUGAACGAGAGGAAGUGCACCGCGGAGGCCUUCAAUCUGCUCAAUGAAUACGCCGAUAAACUCUAUGGACCCGAGAAGUUGCAAGAUGAUACUGGGAGCAGCAGUGAAGAAGAUGAGGCUGAGGAAGAAGAUGUUGAUGUGGCACUGAAGAAGGAAGUGGCACAGCUGCAAGCAUCUGGAACUAAGCAAGAGCGGCGCUUCCAGGCUUUGGACAGCGGAGCAAACAAUGUCAUCUUCAUCAGAACUCAAAAUCUGGAGGCUGACAAGUUGGUCCAUCAUAUCCUGUCUGAUCUCCACACCACCAAGAAGAAAAAGUCCCGUGUGAUCCUUCGAAUGCUGCCAGUAACUGGAACAUGCAAGGCCUUCCAGGAUGAUAUGGUGAAGUACCUGACUACUUUCUUGGAGCCUUGGUUCAAAACUCCAAAUUGUGCUACUUACCAGAUCGCCUUCAAGGCCCGCAACAGCAGCCACAACAAGAGAGACGAAAUCAUCAAAUCAAUUGCAGGUCUUGUGGGAAAGCUGAACCCCAAAAACAAAGUGGAUUUGACAAACCCAGAACUGACGGUCAUCGUGGAGGUCAUAAAAGCUGUGUGCUGCAUCAGCGUGGUAAAAGACUAUACACUGUAUAGAAAGUACAACGUUCAAGAAGUCGUAAAAGAGGAUGCACCAAAGCCCAAUGUGACCACAGCAAAAACAGAUACAGACAAACCUGAGCAGAAGGAGAGACAGAUUUCAGAGGAGACAAAGCAGGAAGGUGAAGAGGAAAAUGACAAAAAUGUGCCACAGGACAACAAGGAGGUUGAUAAGGGUGAAGGUGAGGGGGAAUAAGGGGUUGCAUUUAAAGAAACAGAUUUUCAGUUGGUGAAUCAGUUACAAUUUCUCAGACAUCUUAAGUUGCAUUAUGUUGUAUUUUUGUUUUAAAUGGAAGGAAAUCUAAGUCGUUUUUUCAUGACUGAUAACAUAACUCAACAAAAACAGGAUCCUAAUAUAAUUUAAUGUUUUUUUUCUCAUCAUAAAGAUAUCUGUACUACCAGUUUCAAUGAGAUGUCCAUUUUAAAUACUAGUGAUUUUGAAUUAACUGUACAUGUCACCAUUCUGCAACAAAACAGGAUUUUUUAUGCUGAAUUUUGUUGUUUUAAUUUGUCAUUUUAUUUUUGACAUUUUAAAUGAAAACAGAGUUUGGUUCAGGUCAGCGAGUGUGUCACAUGUAGUAAUAGGCUGUUUUUGUAAGAAAUGUUCUUUCCUAAAGCAGUACUUGAAUUAAAGCUGCCUGUGUUUUUUGACUGUA